CAAGCAAUCCUGUCAUUAAACAAUAAUUCAUCGAAGCUUAGAUUCAUCGUAUUCUCAUAAACUGGACUGUUCACUCAGGAAUAUGUUAUAGAAAUAUAUUCUCUGUCGUGUUAAAUGCGGCAUUUCAUCAUUAUGAUUAUUCGCUUUUUCGACAACGUACUGCAAAUCGCGAUAGUUGCAUACGCGCCGCAACGAAAGUUCUUCUCAACAUGUGUUUAUACAGGAAAAAAUUGAAAAAAGACUCUUAAUACACGUAUAUAUGUUGACACGCGUACAUUAAGCUUGACACGACGUUACGGUGGACACAAUGUCGAAGCGUAAAGCACUUGAUCAGAAGGUCUGCUGCUUCUGUGGGCUAUCAGAUGACAAUGAAAUAGAAUUUGGAAAGAUUCAUCAACAUGGGGAUAUUGUUACACAUUAUUAUUGCUUAUUGUUAUCCUCAAACAUGGAACAGAAAGGACGCGACAAUGAAGGCAUUUUGGGGUUUCUAGCAUCAGAUAUACAAAAAGAGAUUCGCAGAGGAAAACGAUUGGUGUGUUCAUACUGUAAAAAGAAUGGUGCCACUUUGGGUUGUUGUAAUACAAAAUGUAAACGGAUAUUUCAUUAUCCUUGUGGGCUAAGGGCUGGAUCCUUAAACCAAUUCUUUGGUGAAUUUAGGUCAUUUUGUAACAAUCACAGACCAAAACAGAAAAUAGAUCUUAAGGUGAAAAAUCAAUUAGAAACGACCACGAACAUUAAAUGUUACAUAUGUUACGAGGAUGUAGAUCCUGCAGAUAUAACUAAUACAAUAUGGGCUCCUUGUUGUAAAAAAAAUACAUGGUUUCAUAGAAGAUGUGUUCAACAACUUGCUAUGAGUGCUGGUUAUUUCUUCAAGUGUCCCUUGUGCAAUAAUAAAGAAAAAUUUGAAAAAGCAAUGCUAGAAUUUGGAAUUUUUAUUCCAAGACAAGAUGCUUCUUGGGAACUUGAGCCAAAUGCAUUUCACGAACUUUUGUUCAGGCAUGAUCAGUGCGAUGCUCCAAUGUGUCUUUGUCCCAAAGGUAGAAAAUAUACCAGUUUUAAUGCAAAGUGGGAGCUGACACUGUGUCGAAGCUGUGGUUCACAAGGAAUUCACAUGGCAUGUGGACAACUUAAAUGGGCCAAACCUGUUUGGGAAUGUUCAGAAUGUAUUUCUAUACUAGAUAAAUCCGAAGAAACAACUAACGCAAACACAUCUGUGAUUACAUUACAGAGCAAUGAUUUUAACUCCGAGAACAGUGACAGUGAUAUUUCCGUUGGUAAAGAGUCGCCUAUACCGUUCAUGACGAACAUACCAAGUCCAAUUCUGAUGCAAGAUGUGCCGACUAUUAAAUUACGUCCUGGUCCACGGACCUUUAAAUUACGACAACAAAUGCAAAUCGCAAAAGAACAAGAAAUGCAGAACCGCAUCAGUAAGCAACAAAGUACCGAAGAAGAGGAUACGACAUCAAAGUUACCAUGUGCAGAGGAAUGUACAAGUAAUAAAAAUACUCUUAAAAGUAGAUCAGAUAUAUGCGAAGAAUAUAUUAAUUCAACAACUGAACAUUCUGAAUCUGUAACUGCUGCCCUGAAUGAUACUAUAAUUAUGCUCGACAGUGACGAUGAUAGAACAAAGAAUAAAACUACCAGUUCGCUAGAAAGUACAAUACUAAUUGCUGAUGUUAGUGAAACUGCAGCAACGAAUCUGUUUGAAUUAAAAAGUAGUGCUGUUGAAGACGAAAAGAGCGACACAGUGCAUGAUUUUAGUCUCUUCCAGACACUAAAGUUAGAAACAAGCAAUUUAGACGAAAAUUACAAAAAUAAUUCGUCGACAGACAAUUUUAAAUCUGCCGAAAAUGUCGAUUUAGAGGAAAACAAAUCUAUUGCUUUAGAUGAGAUAAUACAUCUAAACCCAGCAAGUGAUUACGAUUCCAGAGACAUGCUUUCGAAUAUCAAAAUCAGCAAUGUAAUGUCUUUGACACCCGAAGAAUUUGAGAAUGUAUCAUUCAUUAUGGCGGAACGGGAAGCUGACUGUACUGAGUGUCCGUCACAGAUUUGUAGUCCUAGACCUCACUCUUCGAUGUCAAAAAGUGAUCAUUUUGAAGAAGUACGUUUCAAAAGAAAAGUCGACAACGAUACUUUGAGUUCGACGAAUGCAUUAGAGGUGAACCAUAAGAAAAUGAGAAGAAGCCUUGAUAUAUUGUAUGAACAAGAGAAACAGCGUCGACAUGUACAUAUUAGUACUAAAAAUAGUAGGAAGCCUGUUGCAUCUGUAAAUAGUACAUUACCUUCAAUAGAAAUUAAUAAAGAUAAUAAGGACAGUACCUCUGGAAAUGUGUUGAAGAUACACGAUAGUGUUACAAAAACGGCUGCCACAAUUAAUCAAACGUCUAACGCAGACCAUUCGAUCGAAGCGAAUACAUACGAAACAUUAGACAAUGAUGUUGGUUCAACAUCAUCGGAAUGCAAAAAACAAGGCAAUAAUAAUCGCACGACUAUGAAUCAGGCGGAAACAAUAUUCGAAGACAAAAUGAUCAAAGGACAUAGAAGAAGUUGUGACGCGGAUGCAGGCACCAGUCCUGCUGUCACCAGAUCAGGAUAUAGGGACAUCACGAGGGAUUCAAGGAUCGAUCCCACAAGAGAAUGCGUCAGUCACGUUUCUUUGCAAUCAGGGACAUCAGAGCAGUUGGAACGACAAUCCGGUCUUCAGAUGGCUACCAUUUCACACUGUAAAACAAGUGUCGGUGGAAUCAACCAAACAAGUAACGAACGUGAUCACUAUAGACUGAUACCUGAAUAUAUACGUCUGCGUGAUCUAAAGUUCCGUGUGUGUAGUUCGAAUAAUUUGCAGAUGAUAUUAUACAAUAAGUUUUCUGUGAAUAUUAACAUGGAGAAUGCAACUGCCGUGAGAAAGACUACGAAAUUCGAUGUAUCUCCGCGGAAGAGUGUUCAACAAAAGUAUCUUAAAACGCAUACCGAAUCUCCUUCAGUUUUCAUGACUGAGAGCAUUUUAUGCAGUAGCACGCCGAUUUGUAAAGAUAAGGUCAGGCACAGUUUACCCGUUAUCGACCGGUCUGAAAAUUAUCGUGACGAUGCUAAGGAGAACUUGGACCCCAUAUCCUGUAAAAAUUUAGCAGAUAAUAGCAAUAAUCUAAGCGAGGAAAGUGGUUCGAUGCAUUUCCCUUAUAAUCUGUCGAAAGCGAUCGAAGAGGACAACAAGCGACUUCAUCGAGAAACCGUUAACUCGGUGACCGAUAUCGUGAAUACUUUCGAUGCGGACGAACUGAUCGCGCGUUCGAAUGAUAUACAGUUUAAAAAUAUUAGUAGCGUUAAACAGAAUGUUCGAAGAAACGGGACUGCCGAAUAUAUUAAAAAGGACGAUCCCUUCGACUCGAAAUCGAUUUGUGUAAAUAGUAUAUUCGAGAAUAAGAAGAACGCGACUGGGAGUAAUUUUAAAAUAAGUAUCGAUUUGAAGAAAAUUGAAAGCUUCAUCCAUACAAAUCCGGAAUUGUUCUCGAAAAGUAGGAAAAUAAAUGACGAACGAAGUAUCGACGAAGUAGGUUUCUUGAAGGAAUGGAACGAUAUGAGCGAAAUAAGUAAUAUCGCAAGUAGACAUGUCACGGAUUCAGUGAUAGACGAAUCGAUGCAUCUUGGGAACUUUACGAUAUCCUUGACAGGGAAUAGAUUAACAGAAUUGAAAAGCCACGCAGAGGAGAGUAAGGAAAGUGAUAAUGAGGUAGUGUCUACGAAUAAUUUAGUGACGGAGACAAGAUAUUUCAAUAAACCAUCGUUCAAUCGUUCGAAACACGAUGUUAAGUGGACUGGUAGUCAUUUUGAGAAACGAUGUUUCUUCAAUAGAUAA